AUGUCGGGGGUUGGCAGCGGCAGGACGCCGGCCGCCCAGAAGAUCCUGCAGUCGCUGCGCCCGCCGCUGUCCUUCGCCACGCCGUCGCGGCCGCCCUUCGCCACGCCAGAUGAGUACCACCGCUUCCCCAUGCCGGCUGCGGCCACGGGCCCCGCCGCCACCUCAGGCGGCGUCGGCGCCGGGGAUGGUCUUCCUGAUACUAUCGAGGAGGGGGUGGUCCUACGUACGCCGCUAAAAAGGAAAGCCAGAUCCCUAGAAAAUGAUACUGCUGAGUCAAGCGAUUGUAUCAUUACCAGUCCAAUGCUCACUCCGGUCUCUGGUAAAACUGUUAAAGCUUCUAAGGCAAAGGCUAAAAACAGUAAAACUGGGCCUCAGACACCUACGUCAAAUGUUGGUUCACCACUCAAUCCACCAACUCCUGUUGGCACGUGCCGCUAUGACAGUUCACUAGGACUUCUGACAAAAAAGUUCAUUAACUUACUCAAGCAAGCUCCAGAUGGCAUUCUAGAUUUAAAUAAUGCUGCAGAAACACUAGAGGUUCAAAAGCGGCGCAUAUAUGACAUUACCAAUGUCCUUGAAGGCAUUGGACUAAUAGAGAAGACACUUAAGAAUAGAAUCCGCUGGAAGGCCCUGGAUGAUUCAAGUGUUCAAUUAGAUAACGGUAUUUCUGCUUUGCAGGCAGAAGUUGAAAAUCUUAGUCUGCAGGAGCAAGCACUAGAUGAGCGUAUGAGUGACAUGCGUGAAAAAUUAAGGGAGUUAACCGAAGAUGAAAAUAAUCAAAGGUGGAUCUAUGUGACUGAAGACGAUAUCAAGGGAUUACCCAGCUUUCAGAAUGAAACACUGAUUGCGAUUAAAGCACCUCAUGGUACUACACUUGAAGUACCAGAUCCAGAUGAGGCGGGUGAUUAUCUCCAAAGGAGAUAUAGAAUUGUAUUAAGAAGUACGAUGGGACCCAUAGAUGUUUACUUAGUUAGUCAAUUUGAUGAGAAAUUUGAGGAACUGGGUGGUGCUGCGACACCCGCCAAGCAUUCAAAUGUGCCCAGACAUCAACCUGCUGAAGAUUCCAAUACAACAUAUGCUGGACAAAGUAGCACACCAAUGGACGUGGCACAUGAUGUACAGCGCAGCCAGAAGAUUCCCCAGGAUCCUAGUGCUUUGCAUGACUUUGGAGGGAUGACAAGGCUUACUGCUCCAGACGUCCCAACGGAUUCUGAUUACUGGCUCCUAACAGAGGGGGAUGUUAGCAUGACUGAUAUUUGGAGAACAGAACAAGAAGUGCAGUGGGACCAGAUGGAUUUCUUGUCUGAAGAUGUUGUCACCCCUCGAGCCCAUAAUCAGCAGCCGGUCUCAGUUGACGGGCCACAUAUGGAGGUUCCAAGCAUGGAUAAACCAUAA